GAGCCGACCUCUCUCCCCUCUCUGCUCGCCGCCUCUUGCGCUGCUUUCCUGCGUCCUUCGGGGAGAAAGUGGGGAGAGAGAGAGAGAGGCUCCACCGCAUCCAGUGGCGCGGCUGGGCAUGGAGGAAGGCGAGUGCGCCCUGGGCGCCGCCGCGAUAGGCGAGGAAACCCUAAACUACGACGGCGAUGACGUCGAGAUGGCCGACGCGGACGAGGAAGCCCCUGCAGCUGAGGUUUCCGCCGCCGCCGCCGCCGGAGGAGGAGGAGGCGGCGCGCAGGCGGAGAAGAGCGGACAACAGGAUAGGAAUAAGAGGAAGAAGAAGAGGAACAAGGGGAAGAAGAAGAACAAGGGGAGGCAGGACGGGCCGCCCACCAACAUCGCGGACAUUAAUCGAUUUGUUCUUAACACUUGCAAGCGCUUGAAGGAGAAGAAGUCGUACCUUGUCUGGAACGCUGUUGGCUGCCUUGGUGUCACUGCUGUCAGUGAUCUUGUCAGAGAGGUGGAGGCUAUUGAGAAGUGUGGUGGCCAGACUAUUGCUGAUGGAAGCCGUUUCCGCACUGGUGGUGGAAUUCUCUGGAACAUCUUAAAGUCGCGGGAACCCAAGGCUUAUAAAGAAAUAAUGGCAAAGGGGAAGGAACUUGAGAAGCAGUUUAGGUAUACGAAACGACCACAGAUGAGCAGAAACGAAGAUGCAAGUUCACAGGGCAGUGCGUUAAUUGAUGAUGAUAUCGAAGCGCAAGAGCAAAAUGAAGUGUUGGAUGAUCCUGAGCAGUUGGAUGAUGCGGAGAAGGCACCUCCAUCAGACAAUAAAGCUCAACGCAAACCACUAGCGGACAGAAUUCGUGUUCCUGUUGCUUAUGAUGAUCUAUUUGAAGAGGGAGAGAUACACGAAGGAGAACCACAAAAUGGAAGCAUUUGAAAGAUUUGCCUCGACAUGAAAUGCAAGCCCCAAAGGAACGGCACAUAAUGGCAAAGAGGAUUAUGUAUGAACUAGUGAGCCAUCGUUGCAGUGUAGCAAUUUUCCCCCUAAACAUAAACCGUGAACAUGCAGUGAUGUGUGUGACGGAUGAGAGUUUUGUUACGCCAAUUAGAACCAAUGAUCGGCCUGAAUUCAACGUUCAAUGGAAAAUGAUGUUAUGCAAGUAUUGGUGUAUAAAUGUGUAUUCAUCAUAUUUUUUUCACCAUCACUGGUAGGGGAUAUUGAGGAAGGAAGAAUGAUGUGGCUUUGCACUUAUCGUCGUGGUGUUUAGUGUUGGCUUUGGCUUCCUUCUAGGGUAAAACACAGCUAUGAAAAGCUUGUGUUAAACAGAUUUUGUAACCAAAAUGUUGGCAAAUCUUUUAGAAUCU